AUGCGCUUUUCGAUUUUUCUGUUUCUGAUGUCAUCUUGUUCCUCGUUCCUGUGGACUCUUUUCGGUAAGCUACAUACCACCUGAAAGUUUUCAGCGCAUUUUCAUUUUUCAGGAAAUUCUGGUUGUAACUUUUGCAGAUGCAUCACCAAUUGCUCGAAUCAAAAACUUUCGAGUACAUAUAACGCACCUCAAAAUAGUUAUCAGUAUAUCACACCGUCAGCUUUUCAGAGUGUUUCUCAGUAUCAAACAUAUUCAAAUCCUAGCAGUAUGUUUUCUAUUUCUCUUUUACUUCAUUCUAUUUUUUUUUCAGCUGAGAACUACAUUAGUCAUGUACCGAUCAUCACAAGUACUUCGGCUUAUCGAGGACCGCCUGCAGCAUCUCCCACUAGUCAAGAACAAUUACAGCAUGAUAGCCAUGUUUACUCGACAAAUCAAGUUGCAUACUUAUCAGGUUUUCGUCAGUUUUGUUUUUGAAAAUUAUUUCUUUUUUUUUAAAUAGAACUGCGCCCGGUCAGUGCCGUAGAGUACGAAAAUCGGGCACUUAGUCAACUGGAAGAUGAACUAGCGGCCGAAAAGUACAAGUUCAAUGCACAAAAAGCAAUUGAGAGAAAUGAGAAACAGAGACAAAACCGUAUUAGAGUGUUCAAGAUCAAACCACACAAGUCUCGAGUUAACUUCGGAAUGGUGGAAUGGAAAUCUUCUCAAGUGGCAAAAUGUGAGGUGUCCUUGUAUGAUUAUGGAAAAAAAACAGUGAGAUUAAGACACAAACGAAAAGACAGUGGAUAAAUUCAUUGAAGCUACCGAGUCGAAUAAUGUGAAUACGGACGAAGAUUUUAAAGAAUUCAUUCCGAUCGAAAUCGGAAGUGAACCUGAACUAGCUGACGAGGAGCCAGCAGGACCACCGCCCAAUGUCAGGAACAGAGUAAGUCUAUCUAUCUUUUUCUUUAAUUGUCGUGACGCAAACAAUCACAUCUCUUUUCGGCAAUGUACCAGAGUUGAGCGGAAGAAUUUUUAUCUUUUUUAGAAAAUGUUUUCAUGGAAUGUGAUCAACUGACGAAAUGUAUAGAAAAGUGAACUCUGCUCAUAGAAAAAUAAUUGUGAAUUUAACUUUUCAUACAAAAAAGUUAUUCGUCUUUUUUUAAAGUCUUUUUUUCACGGAACAACGCGAAUAACUUUUUUUGUAUGAAAAGCUAACUUUACAAUUAUUUUUUUAUGAGCAGAGUUCACUUUGCUAUACAUUUUGUCAGUUGAUCACAUUUCAUGAAAACAUUUUCUAAAAAAUAUAAAAAUUCUUCCGUGUUCUUCCGUUGAGUUCUUCCGCUCAACUCUGCAAUGUACCAAAAAACAUCAAUAUUUUUUAUCUGACUUUAAUACUUUUCAGAUUUCUCAUGACCCGAUUUUGGUUCACAGAAGGCGAUUCGUUUCAUGAAGACAAAGGGCUUGAUACAGUUCAUUCAAUCAUUUUCUGUUAAGUAUCUUGUUUGACUUUUUCAAAAUGUCCAACCUAACGAUACGGUUCUACAUUCGAUAAUACGUGUAAAUUCUUCUGCUUGAAUCGUCUUGACCACUGAAAGAAAGAGAGACAACCUUCUGUCGUUGAUUUAUGUUCGUGAGUAAAGUGUAUAAAAAAUGUUUUUUGUACAAUCUUUUCUAAUAAAAAAACGCGUUUGCCUUUUUAAAAAUAGUGCUUUCACUUCAAAGUAUUAUAAAGAGUAUGAAAAACUUUGUUGACGUAAAGUUUCACCAUUUCAACAUUUUUCAAGGCUGAACAUGAUUGAUGGGCAGGUGUGGUUUUCUAAAUCAUAGUGAAAACAAAACAAAACGAGUUAUUUUGCCAUAUAAGAUCGUUGAGAUACUUCUGUCAGUCUUUUGACAGUCUCAAUAGUCAUUUUUCUCCCAGUUUUAACUUUCUAAUGCACGAUAAUAUUUCAGAAAUGAUUCCUAUUUUUUUGGUAGUUACUUUAGCCGCCUCCACUCUUUCGCUGGAUUCUACGAAAACGGUAACUUCCCAACUUCAUGAACUUCAAUUAAACAACUCUGCUGGAAUCAUAGCGGCACUUGAAAUGCUUCCUAAAGUUUGUUUCCGAAUUUUUACGAAUUUUUCUAAUUAUGAUGUCUAGGAAUGCAAAAAAAACGGCAAGACUUACAAACCAGAAGAGACUUUUGAGCUUGGAAAUCUGAGAUACAAGUGUCAGAAGUAUGGAGUGUACACAAUGGAAGGAUGUAAAAGAAAGGAUGGAACUGAAAUGAAACUGGGAGAGUCAGUCGUAGUGGAGAACAUCAAAUAUCAGUGCUUGUCUCUGGGCACCUCUGUUUUCUAUAAAGAGACUGUACGUUUCCCGUAUACACGGCGACCAAAAGUGUAGAAAGGGGCGUGGUCUAAUCUGAGACUCGUUUUCUGAAAAUUGCCGCAAUUCCAGCACUUUUCCGAUUUUUUUGUGUGUUUGAUAUCGACGAAAGAAGAGACAUUAAAGAGAGAAAACAUCGAAAUUUUCGUGAAAACGCCGCGUUUGAGACGUUUUUGGCAUAUUUCGCAAUACGCUCUCCGCGGCCAAUCGCCGCCGCAAUUUCGGAAUUUUCAUAGCGGCCGAUCUGGAUAGUUUUGAGACGAAGUGAGUGUCGGAAGUGAUUAAGCACGUUAAUACAAAUAUUUUAAGCGUUCAAACGGCAAAAAGUGUCGGCGAAUGACCGAAAUUCGCGCAUUUCAGCACAAAACUUGAAAAUCGAUUCAAUUGAUUCAUUUCUGAAUGAAACCUGCUCGUUUUAAGCUCAAAAAGUGCGCGAUGAUUAGUUUAACAAAGUUAAGCAAUUACAUCGUCAAAAUAGUACAAAAUUUGGGUUAUUUUUGAUGAAAAACAUGAAAAAUGGGGUUAAAUUUCGAAUUUCGCGGCAAAAUGGUGAUAAACUGUGCACGCUAGGCCACGCCCCUUUCUACGUUUUUGGUCGCCGUGCGCCGUACUCAUAAACCAAACAGAAUUGAAUUUUCAAGACUUGCGGAAUCUUGGGGCAGCCCGAAUGUGAUAAAGUUCCUCUCCCAAAAGGCUUUGAAGAAGCCGUGAAGAAAAACGGCGGUAAGACUGAAAAAUCAGUGGAGGUGAGAAGAAACGAUUACAGUAAGAUAAAAUAACAGAUUUUUGCAGGGAAAAACGGCAGUGGAAGGUGUGAACCUUCCAAAAGGAUGGUCUUUGGUUGAUGGGGGCAAGAAACCAAUCACCGGCACAAAUGCAACAGUUGUCACGCAAAUUCUCAUGUUCAACCCGACUCAGUUGAGAGCCAAGAGAAACGGAUUUUCGCAUUCUGGAGUCGGAAGUGUUCUGGGAGUAGAGACAGUCUCCGGUGACCAAAUCGGAAAACCACUGUCUUCCAAGCAGAAGGUCAUCGGAACGCAAACAGUCGGAGCAAGACUGGCUACUAUCAAAGAAGGAGACAAACACGACACUGAUCUGGUCGAUUUGAACGAGAGACACAAUGCGAAGAUGGAAGAAGCCAAGCCGAUGAAAGUUGAAAGUAUUCAUGGAUCAAAAUCUAAUGUUGACUGGAAAGGGAGAAAGAUAAUUGUGAAUGGGAAGACGGUUGGAGCUGGCGAAGGAACUUUCUCAUUUGGAAACAAACCGACACACUAG